AUGACUUCUGCACACACCUCUCCCACCAUCAUCUGGCCCGAAAAGUUCUUGCCAGGUACUACCGAUAACUUUGUGUCUAACGAGACGAUAGUCAAAGGCCUCUCCUCAGCAGACAUCUGGAAAUACCUCGCCGACAUCACAAAAUGGGAAACCUACUACUGGAACUGCUCCAAAAUCACUCCCCCAAAGUCUGGACCAAUGCUAGAAAAAGGCAACAAAUUCAGCUUUUCAACUUUUGGCUUCCCACCAUUGCCCUCUGAGGUUUACGAAUCUGUUACGCCGUCGAAGACUGAAGUUGGGCGUUUGGCUUGGAGAGCUGUAUUUGAUGGUGAUGGAGAUGAUGAUAAAGCUGUUGAUGUCUAUCAUGCUUGGGUUAUUGAAGAUCUUGAUGGAGAUCGUGUUAGGAUCUUGACGCAGGAGUCGCAGAUUGGCAAGCCGGCGGCUGAGCUGUCUACCAAGAAGCCGAACCCUAUGCUGAAUGGUCACCAGGACUGGCUCGAUGGUCUGGUCAAGGCUGCAAGAGAAGGGAAGCAGGGUUAG